AUGAAGUGGCCUGGUACUGUAACUGGUGGUAGCAACGAACCGGCACCCUCCAUGCAGCUGCAUCAUCCUUCUGCAAAUGGACACAUGCCUUCUGAUAUUGAUCAAUGUGCACAAAUAAUGGCAAGUGGAGAUGCUAUGAGACUCCAAGCUGGACAAACCAACCAGAUGAAUGUUAAUAGAACCCAAGAUGACGCUAUGGUUGGUUAUGUUUUUCAAAGACCUACAGAAUCUGAUUAUAAUGCUCAAGCUACUACUUUUCAAAGUAAACAAGCACCACGAGCUUGGGCACUUGCUGAUGAUGCUAUUAUAGACAACAACCAUGAAAAAUGGAAGUAUCCGAUGACAAAACUGAGUGUGCCACAGCAAAGUCAACCACAGCAACUAGGUCUCCAAACAAUGAAUAAUGUUCAUUUACCAUAUGAAUUACAUCCAAUGCAGCUUAAGAGCGCAGCGCCUGGAACAGAGCACCUGGUUUAUCUAAACAAUCAAAUGACAACACAACAACAAGUCGCAUUAUUUCAUCACCAACAACAACAGCAGCAACAACAGCAACAGCAGCAACAACAACAACAACAACAACAACAACAACAACAACAGCAGCAACAACAACAGCAACAGCAAUUCAGAAAUGGCCAGAAUUAUCGAGUAGCGCGAUCUAUAUGUUGA